AUGUAAUUAUGGUGAUCUUGUACAACCUAAGUGUAGCGACACAUUUCCUGCCACAUCCGAAACGGCUCACAAUUAGCCAGCAUUCCGGCUAAGGGAGAUAGCCUACGGGGGUUUGUGAGUACGCGUCUUUUGCAGCAUCUGCGUCCAUGGGGGCUGGGUUGAGGGAGGCUUAAAAGCAAGGCUGUUUAGUUCGAAUAAAGCUAUCUUUGACUGCAGUUUACUGACACCGCUACAACGUGUUUUUAUCGCUGGCUGUCCAGACGGAAGGUGCUGAAACGCUUUGUCGCGUGUCUGGAAGAAGUGAAAACUUUCCUGGGCAGCAAAGGGCUCACCUUUCCUGAGCUGGAACAGCCAGAGUGGCUGGAAAAGCUACACUUCAUGGUAGACAUGACAGCGCACCUGAACACGCUGAACACAGCUCUUCAGGGGAAAGGACGUACAGCCCUGCACAUGUUGGAGGAUGUUUUGGCAUUCGAGCGCAAGUUGACAGUGCUUGCCAGAGAUUUACAGAAAGGCACUUUGUCUCACUUCCCCAAUUUGAGAGAGUUCAAACAAGGUCACGACAUGAUAAUUUCGGAGUAUUUACAUUCUGCAAUCAUCGCAAUGCAAACAUCGUUUGGGAAACGCUUCUGUGAGUUCAGAGAGGAAAAAAACACAUUAUCCUUCCCGGUCACUCCCUUAAGCAUCGAUCCUUCCCUACUGAAUACGACUGCAUUGGCAGGUGUGAGUCAACCUGAUCUUGAGAUAGAACUGGCCGACAUAGCCGACAAAGACAUAUGGGUGUCCAAGUUUAGACGCUUGACAGCAGACCUUGAAGAUGUUGCCCGUCAGAAGGCCGUUCUUGCUCAGAAACACAAAUGGAGUGAUAUUGAAAACCUCACAGAUGACAGCUUGCGAUCCUGUGUAAAGAUGAAGGUGACAUCAUACAUCCCUGAUGUGCAGACGCUGUGCGCUGAGGUCCAGGAGCAGAAAUCCCAUUAACCAAGAUGACAGCUGGCUGACGUUAUUUUUGGUUUGCUGCUGGCGGAAAAUUUAAGUUCGGC